UUCCACUUACAGGUGCAAGGCCAAUAAACAAGAAGUAGAGCAGCUCCGCCACGCUUCGUGCUCAUAUAAUGCCGACUGACCAGGCUGGCACGCCUCAGUCAGCAAGCAGCGUGUGUGAGUGUGGAUUUAUUGUGUCAGUGCCGCAGUUACAACAUGACGAGCGUAAGUCCACACUUCCGGUUCCGAAUCAUUUCCGGAAGGAGAUACCUACAAAAUUAUCGGUUACAGGCUGUGCUGCUCAUACCGCUACUAGCAGUAUUUUGGAGUGCCAGAGCCGACCUGCCAGGACAGAUCACUACGGGCGCUGUGAUACACUUUGGAGAAGAUCCUACAACUCAGUACGCCAAGGAAAAUUACGACGGAGUACAAGGAUUGCGUUACUUUGCUACAUCUGGGGCCAAUCAACUGCCAGGACUCCAGCAGCCACUGUUAGUAUACCCAGGAUCGGUCCUUGGAAAUGGACCCAUUAUUAUACCAACACAGGUGGGGAUACAGAAUGUGGCUGGUGGCAACAAGGGCAUCCCAUAUUACGGUUACUUCGUGUCCAGUACGCCAUCGCCGCAAACGCCUGCAACACUGCCGCCACCUCCGCUGCCUCUACCACCACCACCACCACCACCUCCACCACUUCCACCGCCCAUAUCACCACCCCCUCUACACACAAAUGUGGAUCUCACAUAUGAUUCACUGUCAUCAUCUUCAUCCCUGAAUGGUGCAUCUUACAGUCCUCCCACAUAUACAACACCUGUACCCUCACCAGCCCCACAACCAAUGUUAACGUCUCCACCACCAGUGCAAGCAACCACAUAUGGACCUGCUAAACCUGUAGUGUUGCGUCCUUAUUUAACAACUAAACAUAGAGGGACAUUUGUAUUGGGGCCACCACAUCACCAUCUCACUGCAACAAAAGCACUUAUUGGUCAUUACCACCAUCUUAUCCCUGUUUCACCAAAACACAUCCAUACAGGACCUCCACCAAUCGUCCUCAUAAAAUCAAAACCACAUCCAUAUCCUGUAAUAUACGCAGCACACAAUCCUCAAACCCAUAAAACACCAUUACCACCUACACUUUACGGUCCACCAACAAGAAGACCUCAGAUAUCUCAAUCAAAUGCACUCAGUCAUCCUGAUAUAACAAAGGCAAUUUUUCACCCGCAACCACAAGACAGCUAUGCAGCAGCAGCAGCUUUAAGUAGUGCCACAAAUCCUCCUGCAGCCUACAGCUUUGGGACAACUGCAGCGCUGCCACAACAGUACUAUGUCCCACUCAUUCCUUACACAUCUGUGUUGGGACCACAGCACCGUAGCGAUGAAACAGGGGCACUGCGUAACAGCGGGGACGUAGCUCAGGAGGGAACUUCUAAGGACACUGUCGUUGGUCAGGAACACUACCCUGAUGGGGAAUUUGACGAACAGUUAAGCCCAGUUCUCUUUUACAAAGGUGUCAGACCUCCCAUGAGACUGUACCAGGAACCACAGACAUCUUUGAUUCCAGCACCUUCCAAGCUGGCAGAACUUGAAAAAGAAGCCGUGGUAACAGGAAAUAUUCUGAGCCCAGUCAGUCAUUCUGCUGGAUCAUCAUCUAGCUGGAUGCCCAUCAAUGCUCCAGAAGGAGCAGUACCUGCACGUGCAUAUGAGAUUCCAGCACCAGAUCUGUCACGAGGCAACAGCUAUUAUGCAGAUGAGGAAAGCGAAGAAAGAGGUCAGAUGAUGAUGGAUUAUUCUCAUGGUCAAGGCGGUAAAGUCUCUGCUGUUCCAGUCAGUCACGGUGGACGGUUUCCCACACAGACCGACAGUGACACUCAUCAAAGAGAUAUAUAUAAGGGGAACUCAGAGGAAGUUGUGUCUGCAGUUGUGCUUGUUAAACAGAAGUAAUAUACAUCUAGAUAUUUGAAUAGGAUUCUUGUGAUGAAAGGCUACAUAUCCAACUUUUGAACUGGCCAACUCAUCAUUUCAUCUUUUUCAGUUCAUGAUAUUGGGCAACUUGUUGAAACCAAGAAAGACUAGAGCUUAGUAUAUGAAGCAAAGUCAUGAAAAACACUGAGAAGGUUCAACCACGAUCAAAUGUAAUAGUUCAGCUGAAGUGUUCACUACAUUUUGUGUUAUUCACAAUGACACAAAAACUGUAAAAUAGAUAUGCAACAUCUGAAAAUGCAAACAAGUACACAUUGUACAAUUUUCCCACAAUUUUUAAUUAAGUGCCUAAUUUCUGUUGACUAACAUUAAAUUAUACAAGUUAAAUAUGGUAUUUCUUAAAUGUUAACACCAAGUCUUUCAUAUAGAAUACUACAAAGACCUGCAUAUUUAUUACGUGAAAAUGUACAUCAGUAUCAAUAAGACAAGAAUAUCAAAUGUUUCAUAUGUUUAUGUAAAACAGGAAAUUAAACAACUUGAAUUUCA